GCAGACACGAGAUACCACGUGUUCCACGGGAAAUGUUGCAGUGCGAAUUACCUCCGAAUUUAGGUCCCAUUACAGUAAACAGAACAGAUAUAAAUCUGGAAGAGUUGGACGAGACUGCAUUUCCUGAGGUAAAGUGGGGCGGGCAGUUCUCUCCUCGAAACUGUAUCGCCCUGCAUAAAGUGGCCAUUAUAGUUCCGUACAGGGACCGCAAACAACUGCUGCCGAUAUUCUUAAACCACAUACAUCAGUUCCUAAUGAAGCAAAAUCUUAUAGAAUACGGGAUAUUUAUCAUCGAACAAGCAAGUAGGCAUGACUACUUCAACCGUGGGAAACUCCUGAACGUAGGUUUCCUGGCGAGCCGGAACGUGACUGAUUGGCAGUGCUUCAUCUUCCACGAUAUUGACUUGCUGCCACUGGAUCAGAGGAACAUCUACACUUGUCCUGACGAGAAGCAACCGAGGCACCAUGCUGCUGCUGUUGAUAGUCGGGAUUUCAAGCUUACCCACGACAACGACUUCAGCGGGGUAUCAGCAAUGACCUUGAAGCAGUUUACCAAAAUCAACGGCUAUAGCAACACAUUCUGGGGACUGAGUGGCGAGAGCGAAGAUAUAGUCUUAAGAAUGAAACGCAAAGGUUAUACAAUUUCAAGAUACAACUUGACUACCUCUCGAUAUGCUUCACUGUCCCACAAACCAAGCCCAAGUAACAAGAACCGACGGUACACAUGGUACCAAACUAUGCUGAAAGCCAAAACUGCCCUAAAACACGAAGGGCUGGCCACUCUAAAGUUCUCAGUGAAGAGAGUGACACCCCACCGUCUGUACACACACAUCGUAGCAGAUAUUGGGCAUUCACCCACCGUCUUUCGGAUGCUAAAAGUAAUGGAGAAGUUUAAAAUUCAGCAGGCGGACCUGAACAUGCGGGAAAGAAUGGAUAGCGUUAAGAAUGAGCUCAUCGCUGUGUUAUAG